AUGGAGGACUUCAACAGUGAGACGGAUAGUGACUACACCAGCUACUGGCGUGACUGGUUUGUUUCCUCUCGCGGCAACGAGUAUUUCUGUGAAAUCGACGAGGACUAUCUGACCGAUCGUUUCAACCUCACUGGUCUGAACACUGAGGUUUCCUACUACCAAUAUGCUCUUGACCUUGUGACCGAUGUUUUUGACCUCGAUGCCGACGAUGACCUCCGCGAGCAAAUUGAAAAGUCCGCCCGCCACCUUUACGGCUUGGUCCAUGCUCGGUACAUUGUUACCACCCGCGGUCUUGCUAAAAUGCUUGAGAAGUAUAAGAAGAGCGACUUCGGCAAGUGCCCUCGUGUGAUGUGCGAGGGUCAUGCUUUGCUGCCUGUGGGCCAGUCCGACAUCCCCAACCAGAGCACCGUCAAAUUGUACUGCCCCAAGUGUGAAGAUAUCUACAACCCCAAAUCCUCCCGCCACGCAUCCAUCGACGGCGCUUACUUCGGUACCUCCUUCCACUCCAUCCUGUUCCAGGUUUACCCCGCCCUCAACCCUGAGAAGAGCGCCCGCCGUUACGAGCCCCGCAUUUAUGGCUUCAGGGUGCACGCCGCAGCCGCGCUUGCGCGUUACCAGGACGGCAACCGCGAAGAUCUGAAGUGGCGUCUUUCCGAGGCCGGCAUCAAUCACAAGUUUAUUGAGGACAGUGACAGCGAUGAGGAUGCUUUCGAAUACGACGAAGAAGUCGAAGCUGUCGAGCCAGCCAAGGCCGAGCGGGUCAUCGGGGACGCCGCAUCUGGUCGUAUGGAUAUUGGAAACUGA